AUGGGGUGGUCAGCUCCUAUUAUACCUAUGCUUCAGGAUCCUAAGCAAAGUCCUUUGCCAACCGUUAUAACAGAUUUGGAAAUGUCAUGGAUUGGGUCUUUGUUAUAUGUUGGGGCUAUUAUUGGCCCAUACAUUCCCAGUUAUCUGUCAAAUAUAAUUGGUAGAAAACCGUGUUUAUAUCUUGGUGGAUUUGUGCAUUUGAUUGCAAUAAUACUUAUAGUGCUUACUAAAAACCUUGCGACGGUGUAUGCGGUUAGAAUAAUAAGUGGCUUGGGAAUGGGAAUGGUCACAGUCAGCAAUCUCGUCUACGUUGGAGAAAUUGCUUCAACAAACAUACGUGGCAUCUUCCUAACAUCCGUUGGUAUAGUGGGUAUUUCUGGCACCUUAUUUGCGUCCAUUGUUGGCUCGGCCGUAUCUUACAGAUCGACCGGUUAUAUAGCUCUUAUUAUAAAUAUUACAUACAAUAUUUGUAUUAUAUUUAUACCAGAGUCGCCUGUGUAUUACGCAAUAAGAGGUAAUGAAAUGGAGGCUAAGAAUACUCUGAGAUUACUAGGACGUGUCGAUGAUUUAGAUAACGUCUUCGAAUCGGUUAAAGGAAUUAGCCCCACAGAGGGGUAUAGCUGGAAAGCGUGGAUCAAAAUAUUCACAGUGAAAGCGAACAGGCAUUCUCUUUUCAUUACACUAAGUUUGUUUACUUUGCAACAGUUGAGUGGAGUUGCCACAGUUUUAUUUUUUACUACUACUAUUUUUGAAAGUGCCGGAUCCUCUGUACCACCAUAUCUAGCAACCAUUAUAAUAUCUGUUACAAGAUUUCUGGCAAGUUUAAUUGCGCCUUUUUUUGUUGAGAGGGCGGGACGAAGGAUGUUGCUGCUUGUGUCUACAGCUUUUUGUGCUUUAAGUUUGUCGGUCCUGGGAACGUUUCGGAACUAUGCCCGGUACGUUAGUAGGAGAAAUGUUUCGAGGCAAUGCAAGGAGUACUGGUUCUGCUGUAUCUAUUACAGUUUCUUGGUUGUGUACUUGGGGCAAAUAAUGUUAGGUUACACGCUAAGUUGGUCGGGGCCUAUAAUACCCAAACUACAGAAUCUCGAAGAAUCACCACUUCCAUAUUUGUUAACGGAGACACAACUGUCUUUAGUAGGCUCUUUGGCAUAUGCUGGGCCUAUACCAGCCUACAUCGGCGUAGCUUUGUCAAUUUUAUUUACCGUGGCGGUUUUAUCAAUACCUGAAUCACCCUUGUUUUUUGUUUUAAAAGACAAAGAAGAUAAAGCUAUCAACAAUUUGCUAAAACUAGGAAGGAUGGACGAAAGAGAUAAAUUACUGGAUACAAAAAAGGAAUUUAAAUCAACAAACGAUAAAAUGGAUUGGAUUGAACUCUUUAAAUUAAGAACAAACAAAAAAGCUUUAUUUGCAGUGAUAAUUCUAAACACUUUGCAACAGUUUAGUGGGGGAUUGGCAAUUUUGUUUUUCUCUGCAUCUAUAUUUGAAAUGGCUGGAUCUAUGAUAAAUUCUAAUAUAUCAAUGAUUGCUAUUGGAUGUAUUCAACUAAUAGGAAGCAUUUUAUCGCCUAUUUUAAUUAGUAGAACUGGAACAAAAAAAUUAUUACUUAUAUCAACUUUUGUCUGUUCUGUGACUAUGUUUUUUAUGGGCUUAUAUUUUUAUCUACAAUACUUAGAAGUAUCCGGAAUAAGCCAAGUUCAAUGGAUACCUUUGGCAAUAUUCACUAUACAUUUCAUCGGCUAUGAAUGUGGAUUUGGCAUUUUACCACUCACCUUGAUUGGAGAAAUGUUUACAAUAAACGUUAGAAGCAAAGGUUCAGCUGUGGUUUUAAGCAUUGCGUGGGUUUUUGGGUUUUUAAUAUCUACGGCUUUUGGGUCCGUGGUCAAGUUCUUAGGAGCUUAUGUAAUGUUUUGGUUUUUCUCUUUAUCAUGCGUAUGCGCAUUUGUAUUUACAAUAUUUUGUAUACCAGAAACGAAAGGAAAAUCAUUAUUAGAAAUUCAACAGUUUUUGGGGAAAAAAAUU